AUGUCUGACGAAAGAGACCAUCUCAGCAAAUGCUACAAUAACGCAAACCAUUAUCUCAUUAUCGCCCCAUCAGACGAGGCGUCUUAUCCACCAGAUAACCUUGAAGAGCCCAUCCAAAGCUUUGUCACCGUGCCACAAGAGACGCUUCGAGGCAUGUUUGAAUCUCCUCUUGUCUGCCCUCCAGGGCGAGAAGGUCUCGAGCAGUACAGUGCUUUCUUAGAUUAUGUGUAUGGUGCUUUCCGGACAAAAGUAAGGUCGUCGAGUGCAUCAUCGGUCGAUACUGAUGACAACGACGAUAAGGAAGAGCUUCAUACGAUCGAUCCUAGUUUAAUCAUGAGAGUGCCCGAACCUGUGAAGCCUACAGUCAAAAUCAAAUUGCUGGAUACGAUCAAAAAACCCGAGGAAAGGCAACCAAGAAAGCGGUCAAUUAGUAAAGUGGGGGUUGAUAAACCCAGAAAGACUACUCUCUUUAAAAUGGAGAGGCCAUCUGCAUUGCAUAAGAAAUUGUGCACGCCAAAGACAAAGGUAUAG